AUGAAGAAGCGCUGUGUGGUGGCAGGAGUCCUGGCUGCAGCCCUGCUGGGGCUCAUCUUGUUCCUGGGACUCUUCUUCGGGCUGCGCUCUGGCUCAGGGGAUGCACACACGUACAAGAGGGCAGCUGUGGCUACAGAUGCAGGGCCAUGCUCAAUAAUUGGAAGGGACAUCCUUCAGCAAGGAGGAUCAGCAGUGGACGCUGCGAUUGCAGCUCUGCUUUGUGUAGGACUCAUGAAUGCUCACAGCAUGGGCAUUGGAGGGGGCCUCUUCUUUACCAUCUACAACAGCACAGGUAAGGGACAGGAAGACAUUUGGAACAGAAAAGUGGAAAUCAUUAAUGCAAGAGAGAUGGCUCCAAAAAACGCAUCGGAGAACAUGUUUGGGAACAACACACAGCUCUCUAUGAAAGGAGGACUGUCCAUUGCUGUUCCAGGAGAAAUCCGUGGCUAUGAACUGGCUCACAAACGUCAUGGCAAACUGGCAUGGAAAGACUUGUUUCUGCCCAGUAUCAAGUUGGCAAGAGAUGGAUUCCCUCUUGGGAAAGGCCUUGCAACAGCCAUCAAAUCAAGAGAGGAGUCUAUUGAAAGCAAUCCCUUGCUGUGCGAAAUUUUCUGCAAAGGAGGGAAAAUUCUGCGUGAGGGUGAUAUCAUCAAGAUGCCUAAACUAGCCAAGACAUACGAGACUAUAGCCAAAGAAGGAGCAGAUGCCUUUUACACAGGAAGCCUGGCAAAACAGAUCAUCGCUGACAUCCACAGCGUAGGGGGGAUUAUGACACUGGAAGAUCUGCGGGACUACAAUGCAACAGUGAUUGAGGACCCCAUACCAAUCAGACUCGGGGAGUUUACUCUCUACACGCCCAGUGCCCCCCUAAGUGGCCCAGUGCUGGCCCUCAUUCUCAACAUACUGAAAGGAUAUAAUUUCUCCACUGACAGCAUUAAAACUGUGGAGAAGAAAGGUCUGACUUACCACCGCAUUGCAGAGGCCUUUCGCUUUGCCUAUGCCAAGAGGACUUUACUGGGAGAUCCAAAAUUUGUCAACAUUUCAGAGGCAAUCAGAAACAUGACAUCCGAGUUCUAUGCGGAUAGUCUCCGGAGGAAAAUCACAGACAACACCUCCCAUCCAGUUGACUACUAUGAGCCUGUAUAUUACACUGGAGAUAAUGCCGGUACAUCCCACAUCUCCAUUGUGGCUGAUGAUGGCAGUGCUGUGUCCGCCACCAGCACCAUCAACCAAUACUUUGGCUCUGAUAUUCGAUCCAACGUGAGUGGAAUUAUAUAUAAUGAUGAGAUGGAUGACUUCAGCUCACCUUACAUAAUCAAUGGAUUUGGGAUCCCUCCUUCUCCAGCAAAUUUCAUAGCACCAGGUAAACAGCCAAUGUCCUCUAUGUGCCCCUCCAUCUUGCUGGAUAAAGACAGAAAGGUCAGGAUGGUGGUUGGUGCUUCUGGAGGAACAAAAAUAACUACAGCAACAGCGCUGACAAUCAUGAAUACCAUCUGGUUUGGUUAUGAUGUGAAGAAAGCAGUGGAAGAGCCCAGAAUUCACGACCAGUUGUUUCCCAAUAUCACGGAGCUCGAGCAGCAAAUAGAGGAGGGCAUAGAAGCAGAGCUAAAGAAGAGAAAACACGACACCAUGCGAGCGGUGAGCAGCGGUGCGGUGGUGCAGGCCAUCCUCAGAACAGAUAAAGGAUGGGCUGCAGCCUCUGAUUCCAGGAAAGGUGGCUUCCCUGCAGGCUACUGA